AAAUAGUUUAUCGCUUUGAUACCACAUACAUAUUUUUUCAGCCUACUACUUUUCAGCAAAAGUAGAAUCUUUCUUCCGCAUAGUGGAAAUUUGUCAAUUUUUAUCGCAGAAGCUAACACAGAUACGGGAUGCCCCGCGACUACGACAGAGAUUACAAUGAAGACGCCGCCGACUACAAGAGAAAGCGGCGGGAUGAGGAGCCAGCGACGACCGGUGCUCAGGAGACUCCGGAGGCGGACGGUGGAGGCCACAGCACCAGCCACACCACCCUCAGAGACACGCCCCAGCUGAACGAGAAAACUAACGCCUACUUGCAGGAGUGCCUGCUGGAAAAGAAGACACUUGAAAAGAAGCACAUAAUCACCAAGAGGUUACUGGAUGACGAGGUCGAAAAGAUCUUGGUCAGUGGCCGGAUUCCCAAGCCAGAAAUAUACGCCAACGUCUACAGCGAAAAGCCCAUCCGUGUCGCCCAGAAGGUGCUCUUUCCCAUCAAGGAGUACCCCAAAUUUAAUUUCGUUGGCAAAAUCCUCGGCCCUAAGGGAAACACCCUGCGGCAGCUGCAAGAAGAGACUAUGUGCAAAAUGGUUGUAAUGGGCAGGAAUUCGAUGCGAGAUCAUGGCAAGGAGGAGGAGCUGCGCAGCGCUGGGAACCCCAAGUACGCCCAUCUCAGUCGGGACCUUCACGUAGAGAUAUCUACAGUGGCCCCGCCGGCGGAAGCAUAUCACAGGAUCAGCUAUGCGUUGGGCGAGAUCCGAAAGUUUAUGAUUCCCGAUGCUAACGACGAUAUUCGUUUGGAGCAGCUACGCGAAAUGGACGGCAAGGAUCGCCUGUACAAAAAGUCUCACCACUAUUCAAAGUCCUAUGGAGAACAUGGUGCUUAUAGUUCUCGCACACCUCCUCCCGCAUCGUCGAAACCUAAAGUAUAUUCGAUUCUGGAGAAGGCGCGCUAUGUGAUGGACGAUCCUAACUACGGAAUCGUAAAAACACACAGUAGAUCACGGGACCACGAACUGUACGAUCAUCAUGGAGAGUACGAUCGCUAUGCAACACCACCGCCACCGAGCACGAAGCACUCCAGCCACCACGCGCAAUACGAAAGCAGCUCCUAUGAGCGUGACUACCGGCGUGAGUAUCAUCCACACUCGUCCUCGUCUUCCUAUGCAGCGGCAUAUUCAGCAAAACCAAGCAACGGUCGUUCAUCAUCGUCGUAUCGACCAACAACCUCGGGCUCGGGAUCACAUUCAUCUGCACACUACGAAACAGGAUCCCGAUCUCGUGAAAGCGUGCGUUAUCGCUCGGCUCCAUAUCCGAAAAUACGUUAACCCAUCGAUUUACCAAUAUCCAUGAAACCACAACAACAACAACCCCAACCCCCAACAACAACAACAACCACAACAACAAAAACAAAACAAAGCUAAGCAUAAAGAAUAAAAUAUAUAUAUAUAUUCCAAAAACAAACUAUCGUUAAUAUUUAAAGUCAACAAUCCAACUAUGCACACCUAUUUAAUAUACUAUAUAAAACUAAAAUCGAAUGAUAACCCCAAUUUUUGAUUGCAAUUGUUCCAAUAUUCAAAUUGUGUUCCAUUAAAAAAAAAAAAAUAAGAAAAAAAUGAUCAAUGCAACAAAUUUUAUCCUCGAACAAAAAAUGAUGUACACAAAAAAUCUAAUUCUAAAUUUAAAUCUAAAUCAAACUGCAAAUACAAUUUAAUUCUAGUUAAAGCGAAAACACAAACAAAAUCCCCAAAAACCAAUUAAUCAAUGCGUAAUGUUAGACUAAGCUUUGAAAAUAUUGUCUCAUAAGAUUAUUAUGGUGAUUAAAACCAACAAUAAAAUAUCUAAUAAAUUACAUAUAUACCACCC